CGAGUUAUCAAACGCGUCUCAUUUGUGACCAUGUCGCGCCUCAAGACAGUGUACUUGGUUUCUCCCUACCGUCAACAAUGGCAGCAUUACCUCUCCCCAGGUCCAUUCUGGACACAGACUUGUACAAGGCUCGCUACCUUUCCAUGUUAUCAUUCCACUCAUGAUAAAGAACAACAGUUGACAAUGCAACAAGCUGUCCUCCACCACUUCCCCGACAAGCAAGCGACAUAUAAAUUCACUUUGCGUGACAAAUCUGCGCUCUUUACUCGCCAGGCAUUCCGGCUUUUUCAAGAAACGGUCAACAACUUUGGUCGGCUCGCAUUAACUGAUGAAGAGCAUUCCUGGCUGGCCACGAGUUGUCCUUACCUGACAGCCGAGUACCUCAUAUCUUUGCGCAACUUUCGCUUCAGACCACAAGAGCAAGUCGUCCUCACAUUUGUUCCUGCCACAGCGGCGUACGAUUCCGCUGGUCACAUAGAAAUCGACAUCUCCGGCUUAUGGGCGGAUACAAUCUUCUGGGAGGUCCCUCUUAUGGCAUGCCUGAGCGAAAUAUACUUCACGCACGUUGUCACCGACUGGAGCUAUGAGGGCCAGAAAGAGCUUGCUUAUGAUAAGGCGACGGCCCUCUUGCGAGCUGACUGUGUUUUUAGCGAGUUUGGCACUCGCAGACGGCGUUCCUUCGCAACUCAGGACAUCGUUCUCAAAUCUCUCAUCAAAGCAACGGAAGACGUAAAGAGUAACGGUAAACUUGCUGGCACGAGUAAUGUCUAUCUUGCUUACAAGUACAAUCUGGUACCAGUCGGUACCAUCGCUCAGUGUCGAGUGGUUUAUGGGGGGCAAGUUUCCGUUGACUUGAUCAGUGUACUCAACUUCAACUUGCAAGUAGGUCGCAGCACUCAAAGGCUACCUCGAUGCCAACUCGGUCGCCAUGGAUCUGUGGGAAACCGUGUACCCAAACGCGCUCCUCAUCGCUUUGACAGAUACCUUCUCGAGCGACGCAUUCUUCAAGGUAAUGCCACCGAUCGUCGCGAAGCAAUUGAGCUGAUAUUCAACGAGAGUUACUCCAGCAACACGGAACGUGCGAUCCGAUGGCAAGGUCUGCGGCAGGAUUCGGGUGACCCUUUUGCAUUCGGAAUCAAGGCGAAGGAUGCUUUCGAAUCACUCAACAUCGAUCCUCGCUCGAAAACGGUGAUAUAUUCGGAUGGUUUAUCUGUGGACAAAUCACUUCGCUUGAAAGAGCAAGCCAAUGAACUGGGACUGAAUGUCUCAUUUGGGAUCGGCACAUUCUUGACCAACGACUUCAAGUCUGCCAGUGGUGGACCGUCCAAAGCGUUAAACAUGGUCAUCAAGCUCUCGACCAUUGACGGUAAACCGUGCGUCAAAAUCAGUGACGAUUUGACCAAGGCGGGUUCGUCAUGA